UGUCUGCAGCCAUGGCUACCUGGAGCGAGUCUGGGAAUGAUGGGACCCAUCUCGCAUCCUCUGUCCGGUGCCCACCUGUGCCCAGGGGAUUUCUGCCGUCCCACCCCUCUGUGUGAGCCUGGAAGUUGACCCCAUCAGCCUGUAAGAUGGGAGGUUGCUGUCAGGCCCAGGCCAGGCUGGGCAGAUAGGACAGUGAGGAAGACGUGAGCUCACAUGCAACCCAAGGAGGACAGGUGCACGGGCGAGAGCGGGAAGAGCACCUUCAUCAAGCAGAUGCGCAUCAUCCACGGUGCCGGCUACUCUGAGGAGGACAAGCGCGGCUUCACCAAGCUCGUCUACCAGAACAUCUUCACUGCCAUGCAGGCCAUGAUCCGCGCCAUGGAGACGCUCAAGAUCCUCUACAAGUACGAGCAGAACAAGGCCAAUGCGCUCCUGAUCCGGGAGGUGGACGUGGAAAAGGUGACCACGUUUGAGCAUCAGUACGUCAGCGCCAUCAAGACCCUGUGGGACGACCCUGGCAUUCAGGAGUGCUACGACCGCAGGCGCGAGUACCAGCUCUCCGACUCCGCCAAGUACUACCUGACCGACGUGGACCGGAUUGCCACCUCGGGCUACCUGCCCACCCAGCAGGACGUGCUGCGGGUCCGCGUGCCCACCACCGGCAUCAUCGAGUACCCUUUCGACCUGGAGAACAUCAUCUUCAGGAUGGUGGACGUGGGGGGACAGCGGUCAGAGCGGAGGAAGUGGAUCCACUGCUUCGAGAACGUCACGUCCAUCAUGUUUCUCGUCGCCCUCAGCGAAUACGACCAAGUCCUGGUGGAGUCGGACAACGAGAACCGGAUGGAGGAGAGCAAAGCCCUGUUCCGGACCAUCAUCACCUACCCCUGGUUCCAGAACUCCUCUGUCAUCCUCUUCCUCAACAAGAAGGACCUGCUGGAGGACAAGAUCCUCUACUCACACCUGGUGGACUACUUCCCCGAGUUUGAUGGGCCCCAGCGGGACGCCCAGGCGGCGCGGGAGUUCAUCCUGAAGAUGUUCGUGGACCUGAACCCCGACAGCGACAAGAUCAUCUACUCGCACUUCACGUGCGCCACCGAUACGGAGAACAUCCGCUUCGUGUUCGCGGCCGUGAAGGACACCAUCCUACAGCUUAACCUCAAGGAGUACAACCUGGUCUGACAGCGCCGGCGGGGCCUCUGCCCGCGGGAGGAGGUUUUCUUUUUUUCGUACUUUUAACAAAUGGUUUUUAUUUCACAGUUAUCAGGGGAUGCACAUCUUUCCGUACACUUCGUGCAUCUUCUCACCUUUUGUCAGCGGCAAAGGCGGCCUUUUUCUGGCCUUGACUUAUGGCUCGCUUUUUUCUAAAAAAAAAAAAAAAAAA